AGGUCCAAACGAGUGUAUGCCGUUUGGGCUUGCGAGCGAGCCUGGCGAGGUGUGGUGUUACACACAAUAUGGCGUUGUGAAUAUUUGUUGAUUGUCAGCGGAUACCAAGAGAAAAUACAAAGUUUUCUAUUCUAUUAAUCGACGGUUCACGUGCCUCUAAGAAUAAUAGUGGUGCAAGUUUUGGUGAAAAGUUGUGCUGUAUAAUGUAACCACGAGAGUUUUAGAAAAAAAAUGUCACUCAUCUCUAAGGUCAAAGAUAUAAUAUUCAAGGGUGGCUCUUCAGCUAAAAAGAAAAAACAUUUCCAUAAUGUGCGACUGGACUGUCCUGAGGACUUUUGGGAUAUUAUUGGAGAGCUUGGAGAUGGAGCUUAUGGUAAAGUGUACAAAGCACAACACAAGGAAACCAAGCAGCUUGCAGCUCUCAAGCAAGUUGCUUUAGAGGAGGAAGAGGAUCUGGAGACUUUCAUGAUUGAGAUUGAUAUUCUAUCUGAGUGCAAGCACAAGAAUGUUGUAGAACUGCUAGAGGCUUAUCACUAUGAUGGAAAACUUUGGAUGUACCUGGAAUACUGUGAUGGAGGGGCUAUGGAUUCUGUAAUGGCAGAGCUUUAUCGGCCACUCACUGAACCUCAGAUUGCUUAUGUUUGUAAAUAUCUUGUUGAAGCUCUUGCUUAUAUUCAUGAACACAAGGUAAUACACCGAGACUUGAAAGCGGGUAAUGUUCUCCUAACCAUGGAUGGAGGAGUGAAGCUAGCUGAUUUUGGAGUCUCUGCCAAAAAUAAGAACACAUAUGACAAAAGAGGAACAUUCAUAGGAACUCCAUAUUGGCUAGCCCCUGAAGUCAUCUUGUGUGAAACUUUCAUUGAUGCCAAAUAUGAUUAUAAAGCUGAUGUAUGGUCACUGGGUAUAUCAUUAAUUGAAUUUGCCCAAAUGGAUCCACCAAAUCAUGAUGUAUCUCCUGUCCGUGUUAUACUCAAGAUUCAGAAAGCUGAUCCUCCUAGACUAGAUUAUCCUUCCAAAUAUUCAAAAGAAUUUAAUGACUUCAUCAGCAAGUGCCUUGUGAAAGACCCAUCUCUCAGGCCAACAGCUCCAGAACUCCUGAAGCAUCCAUUCAUCAGCAGAGACCUUGACUCUAAGCCUAUUCGGGAUCUUCUACUGGAAUACAAGGCUGAAGUUGUUGAUGAGGAUGUAGAUGAAGAUGGAGAGGUGAGUACAAAUUUCAUUUUGUGGUGUGUUGCUAUUGUACACGCAGAAAAAAUUGCCCACAUCUUAUUUAGAGAUGAUUCCAUGGUUUUCUCCUCCCAUAAUGUUUACCAUGCACAUGCACAGAGGCUAGCCACCUCAAUAGCCAUCCAGAACAGGUUUGCAGGGGCCAAAGGGGUAAGUUUGCUUUUAUCCAUUCCACCUUUUGUUAUGGUGUCGGCUUUCAAUGCAGUUGCUGAUACCAUUGUUGUGUUGGCAACUUUUGAUGGUGUUUUGACACUAAAAUCAGAUGUGCUCUCUUGUUCUGCCACCACAGGACAUCGGGGGUGUCCGUUCAGUUAUGCUCUGACAGUGGAAGUCAGGGUAGGCACUGGUGCCACAACUGUGAUUCAAGUUUUUGGAAUGAGCUUUUCCUCAUUAGUGGAGAGUGAAAGACUGUUCUCUCAGGAAAUAAAGGAGGCACUGCAGCAUGUGGCUCAAAGAAACCUACUUCGGCAAAAGGAAGCAGGCCAGAGAGGCAGGGUAAGACAGAAGGCAAGAGAAAUAUAUGCUGCAGUGGCACGUAAGUUAAACAUUGACAAUCCUCCACCUUUCUCUGCUAGUAAUGGCUGGUUCUCAAGGUUAAAAAGACACUCGUUCAAGAGGGCACGAUGUCUGGGUGAAGCAGCAGACGCAUCUACAGAAGAGGUGGAAAGUUUCAUUGGUGUCUUGAAACAGAUGACUGGGGAUGGCGGUUAUGAUCUCCGUCAAAUAUUCAACGCCGAUGAAACGAAUUUGAAAACUUUGCUAGCGGACCAUGCUCCAGAUGGGGCCAAUUCAACAGCAGGGUCAGAGGCCACAGUUAUUCCAAUAAAGGAGGCCAAGUCAUGCAAAGUGACAACACCCUUUAGGAGAAGUUUGCCUUGCUUUUUUAUGUGCUCUCGUCUACGAGAAGGCAAUGUGACAGUCAUAUUGGCAGAGUUUAACAGUACUGCCAGGAAUUUCACCUCUUGGGUGGGUGUGAGUACAGAUUUUGGAACAUUGAUUGAAACCCACCAUAGCAGAAUCCAGGGCAAGAGUGUCUGCUACCGAGAGGUGAAGUGGAGAAGGAAUUCCUAUCUGCGUGGGCAAACUAUCAAAGUCAAGAAUUCUACCAUCCACAACAUCAUGGAUCCAUCUGUCCUUGGACAGGGCUUGCCAAUGCAGCCUGGCUACAUGGAUUUUGCCACCCACAAAAUUUUCAGGAGUGUUGAACAAGGGGCAAAAAGAAUCACUCAUCGGAAGCUGGUUUACUGGGAGGUAGCUGUUGAUAGAACCGCCUUUCCGAUCCCCUAUAUCACUUAUGCACUGAGCAAUGGGUACCAGUGCCUUGGAAAUCAAACCAUUGGUAUAGACAAGUUGGGUGUCGAAAAGGUGACCCCCUACACUCAUGGCCUUAGUGAGAGCAGAGGAACAGUUACCAUAUUUACCAGCAGUGACAGAGGCUUGGACAGGAGACUGGGUCCAGACAGCAGAGGAGUGGUGAUGGUGACCAGGAACUGCAGCUGGGCAGGUGGGCAGCAGGCGGAAGAGUCAGAUGAGUACGUCGACAGUGCCUCAGAUGACUCUUCUGGGGGAGGAAUAUGUCCCUACAGCAGAGGAUCUGGAAGAAAUGGAGCCUCCAAUUUUACCAUCGUUGCAUCGUGGUUCCGGUAUGAUGAUACUGAUGGCGAUGGCGAUGAUGAAGAUGAAGAUGACCCACUGAGCUUCCUAUAUUCGUUGGGGCUGCAGAAACGAGGGAAGAAGAGAGGACUUGACGGUGAAGUGUGUGGUGACGAGGCUAAGACAUUGCCGAUGCCUCGAUUGCUUUCUCCAACAUUACCUCCCAUCUCUCCUUUGAAAAACACUUCCAAAAUCUACCAAGAACAAAGAGCUUCGCAGGAAAAUGUGCAAACUUCUGCUCUCCGCUCUCACUCCCACUCUCCACUUCAUUUGUGCUCUCCACUCACACUAGCACUCUCUGCUCGCACUAGCACUCUUUACUUGCACUUCCACUCUCUGCUUCAAUCCCCCACUUGCACUCAAGCUUGUGCUCCCCUCUCACACUUCCUGACAUCGGAUUCUGAGGACAAUGAAACUCAAUUAGAAGGCCUCAUUAGUGACUUAGAUGAGGAAUAUUUGCCAGAAAAUGACAGUGAGGUCAGUAGCUCCGAGGUAGAAAGUGAUGGAAGCGGCGAGGAUGAUGAGCGGCCAUGCAGUCCUGCACUGGAUGCUUCCCUCCACACUUUCUAUUAUCUGAUCCCUUUGCUGAGCAGCGUCCUGCUUGACAUUAUACUAGGAGACCUGGUUGUGCCUUAUAAUGAAGUGCUGGUGAACGUCACGUGCCUUUGUUUUUUUUCUGUGCCUCGCCUCAACACACGUAACGAAUUCCUCUUGGUUUACACUGCAGCCACCCCAACAGCUGACUACCUGUACAGGAAAUUGUGCUUCAUAGGGGUGGGGCUGGAGGUGGCUUUGCACAGCAUGGUUGAAGCGGCGUGGAGGCAGGAGGUGGAAUGGUGGAGCGUGGUCUGCCAGGACGCCAGCUGGGACAGCUGGUUAGGGAAGAUGAAGAAAUACUUAAUAACACAUUUUUUUUAUUUUCAGAUAGUUGUGCCAGUAUCAGGUGAGGGGCGAAAAGGACUUGCUCCUCUUCCUCCCGUUAGCAGAACCUCAUCCAUCACUCCUGUUUCUAAUGCUUCUUCCACACCUUUAAAGAAGGGUCCUGCACCUGCUGUGCCAACUAGUAUCACCCUCUCUAAGCCUAGAGCUCCCUCUCCUGUUGACUUAUUCCCUGGUAAUGCUGUAGGUGAGUGUGUAGUGAACACCCCAGUCACCGAUAAUGUAAAUAAACAGAUGACCAGCACACCCUCAGGAAAGAAUCCAGCACCUGAGUCAGUUACCCUUAAUGAAAGUUUGGUGCUUAAUGAAGAGUUUUCAUUAUCACAUAAAGUAGAUUAUCUAUAUGACCAAAAUAACUCUUCCGUCCCAUGUGAAAAAGAGUGUACGGGCCAUGCAAGUGUGUCAAGCACUUCUAAAAACAAUGAAAACUCAGUCUUGUUUGAAGGAAUGGAUAUUGAUUUUAAGAAAAGUGAAGAGAAGGAAGACAACAGAAAUAGUAUAAAACCACCUUCCAAUGAAGAGUCAGUGAACGAAAUAAAAAUUGAUGUUACUAACAAUAUAAAUGAAAGGAAAAAUGAAUUAAGUGUGAGAGAAGAAAAACAUGUAGAAGAAGCAUUAUCGCUUUCUUCAAAUGAAAAAAAUGAAUAUGAAGAUAUUGUAUCAAUAAAUUCAAAUGGAAAAGAAGAUGCAGCCCAAAGAAGAGAAGUGGAUACUAUAGCUUCUGAUGUUCACCUAUGUCAAUAUCCUUCAUUGUCUCAUGGAUCUGAUCUAUUAUCUUCCACUUCCUAUUCACCAUCCACUUUUUCAGCUGACGAAAGCUGUAAUGAACAGACUUCACAGAAAAAACCUGUUGUGUCGUGUGCAGUCUUGACUCCAGAUUCCCCGGAUGCUGUUAUUGCUUCCAUAGAUACUGAUGCUACAGUAAUUGUUCGCACUCCUACCCCAAAUCCUGAGGAGCCACCACAGUCUCAAUCAUCAGUGGAAAAAGAUAGCAUUGUCACAUAUUCUGGUCCUGCCAUUGUCGAAAAGGAUGCAAAAGAAGAAGAGGCCGUAAUGUCACCUCACCAUGACCUGAAUCCCAAAUUGAAUCAAUCCUCUGGCCCAUUUCUGUCUAUGUCUGAAGCAGAGGAACAAGCAGUGUUGUGCUUGGAUUCUGCCAUUGAGAGUAUCGAGAAUGUAGCAUCCACAAAAUUUUCUCCAAGCUAUGAAAAGGAUUCAACUGUUACUCUGAGUGGCUCGUCAGUCAUUUUGUCUCCAGAGGAGAUACAGGAUGGCAGCAAUGUGACUGCAACAGAUGAUGAUGUCUCAGAUUCAACAUCUAAAGAUGCAUUCCAUGGGACAUUACUGCAUUCGCAACCCUCACUUGGGACUGCUAGUCAUCUGGAGUGUACAAAUAUAGCCACCCACAGAAGACUAAGUGCUCUAAUAAUCACAGAAGAGCUCAUUAAUCAUCCUGUAAACAUUAUUCAUAGACGCUUCAAAAUGGAGAAACAACCUUUUGAUACCUCUCGGAAGAGUGAAAACUGGACAAGGGACACUGUGCUAAUGCUGACAAGGCUCGCUACAGAGAACAAUGAUGUAUUGAAAGGCAGCUUGUGCCCUGAAGUGGAGUGUGCAUGUCACUCCCACCCUUACGGCAAAGAAACUGAUAAUGUUGCUGUUAGAACAGUGUCUGACACACUGCAUUUGCGCCUCAAACACAAGAAAGUGACGGCUUGUUGCAAACCUGCUUUAAAUGAACAACAAAAGAAAGCUCAAAAGGCAUUUGUUUCUAAAUACUUGAAGUGGCCAUUGGAAAAAUUGCAUAGUGUCCUCUGGACUGAUGAAUCACUCUUUGUUGUCUGUGGCAUGAAGGGAGAUAGAGUGUGGGCAAUGAAGGGUAUUCAUAUGAAUGAUCCCAAGUACUGUGCCCUCAUGGUAAAACACCCUGCAUCAAUUAUGGUAUGGGCUGAUUUUGGAUAUGGGGAUAAAGGGCCACUAUUGGUGCUUCCACAGAAUCUGAUGGUAAACCAGCAAGUUUAUCUCAACAUCUUAGAUGAACACUUGGGGGAGUGUUUUGCAAACAGUGGUGCAGAGCAUAAUGGGGCUCCAGCACACAGAGCAAAUUCGAAACCUGACAUUAAUCCUGAGGUCAUCAUGGAAGUUCCGGUUUCUCCCUCUGAUGGUCAUAAGUUAGAUGAAAGUGAAGUUGUGAUCUGUAAUUCUUCUAUCCUUCAUCAAGGCCAGCAGUCUGAAUCUCAUUCUUCUGAGUCUCGAUAUGAGGUCACAGUUGAGGAAUCUCAGAAAAGUGAUGCUAUUUAUUCUGAAUCAUCUGGAAAUGACACCACUCAUAUAUCUGUAGUGUCAGUAGAUGAUCUAAAACACUCAAGUGCUAGUAAGAAAGAAACUGUAUUAUCUACUGAAACAGUAUCAACACUUGCAAUAGAUCAGAAGAAUCCUGUUAAGAAAUCUGCACACACUGAGACAGAUCAACAGGGACAUCUUGAGACCUCAUCCAAUAUCUCCAAUAUAUCAAAUAUUAGUGGAGGAACUACCUCAACUGGACAUUCUGUUAGUUCAGGAGAGGAAGAAAACAGACCUGCUGUAUCUCUUCACAUUGAGGGUACAACUGUUGGUGCAACAGAUGUGGAUGAUGAUGAAGUAUUCAGUAACUCAGAGCAGGAUUAUAAGAAAGCAAAGGGCAACUCGAACAACAAGCCUACACUUGUAAGAGAGGUAACGGUCAACAGUGCAGUUUCUAUAGAAUCAGCAAUAUCAUCACCAUCACAACACAUUGACCAUUCUCUGCAGAACACCCCUGUUCCCUGCUCCCUAGAAACAAAGAUUCUUCAUAAUGGUAUUGGGAAAGAUUCUCAGAGGACAUCAGAAAAAUCUGACUGGGAUACGGAAAGCACAACUAGUUCAGAAAAAGAGAAUAGACUAAGAGAAAAGGAUGAUGAAAGUCUUGAUGAAGUUGUUCUGAGAAGGUCCCAGAGAAGUAACUCCUCCGACAUGCCUUCAUCCAUUGACAAAAGCAAAGAAAAUAGAAGCACAAGAACAAAAGCAGAAAUUGAUCUGGUUGCUCUGCGCAAGAAGACCAGAAAGCGCACCAGGAAAUUUGUUGUUGAUGGUGUAGUUGUGACAACAAGACAGGUAUUUUAUGAAGAUGAAGGAACUGCUACUGGACACUUUGCUCGAAAGCAAGAAUUAAGGGAACUCAAGAUUCUUCAAAAAAUUGAACAGAAGCAGUUCCAGAAAUUAGGUGUUGAAGCAAACUUAGCCAAAGCUGAACAGGACAAGGAAUUUGAAAUGGAAAAACAGCAGCUCCUACGAACUUAUGAUGCAGAUAUUGAAGCUUUAAAUCGACAGCAAAAGCAACAAGUGGAAAAAGCAGAGAGUUUACAAGAAGUGGAACUGAAGAAUUCAAGUAAGAAAAUAAGGGCUGAGCAAGAACGUGAAUUGAAAUCUUUUAGAGAGUCACUUAAGACUGAACUGAAACUCUUAAAACAAGAGAUUGAUCUUCUACCAAAAGAUAAGCGAAAGGACAUCUUCAAAACUCGCAAGGAACGUUUGGACAUUGAUCAGAGUGAAAGAGAACAAGCAUUUUUAGAAAGGCUGCAUGAAGCUCAUGAGACAUCUCUUAGAAGAUUAGGAGAUGAUCACCGUGAAAGAAUUGCCCUCCUCGAACGGCAGUUCCUGCAACAGAAACAUCAGCUUCUCAGGUCUAGAGAAUCAGCUCUGUGGGAAAUGGAAGAACGUCAUCUUCAUGGAAAACACCAACUCUCCAAAAAACAACUGAAAGAUAUAUUCUUCCUUCAGAGACAUCAGAUGCUUCUGCGCCAUGAAAAGGAAUUGGAGCAAGUGAAAAGAGUAAAUCAACAAAAGGAAGAGGAGCUUAUAAAGAGACAACAAGUUGAAAAAAGACAGUUGCCAAAAAGAAUUCGACAAGAAAUGAAGGCUCGUGAGCUUAUGUUCCGGGAGAGCAUGAGGAUCAGCACAUCCCACCUUCCUGAUUCUCACGAGGAUGAAAAAAACAAGCUUAGAAAGUUCCAGGAAAAUGAAAAACGCAGAUAUGAAGCAGAGAAGAAACGCGCAGAACAGAAACAUCAACGAAAAUUAGAGGAACUUCAAGCAGCAUCAGAAUACACAGUUAAAGAACUGGAACAAUUACAAAAUGAGAAAAGAAAAAUGUUAAUGGAACAUGAAACAAAUAAACUCAAGUCCCAAGAUGAAGAGUAUCAGAGAGAGUUGCGAGAAUGGAAGGAGAAUCUAAAACCACGCAAACAAGUAAGUUAAAAGAAUUCCUGUGGUUUUUCUUCUCAAUUUUUUGUUCUUUCUGCAGGGAUAUUGAUUUACUUUCCUAAUAACUUAAGUAGAAGUUAAAGUGUACAAAAUACAGAUGUGAAA